CGGCUUCCGGCCAGAGAUCAUGAUGCAAGGGGAGUCUAACCCCAGUGCUUCCCUUAUCGACAGAACCAUCAAGAUGAGAAAAGAAACAGAAGCUAGGAAAGUGGUUUUAGCCUGGGGACUCCUAAAUGUGUCUAUGGCUGGAAUGAUAUAUACUGAAAUGACUGGAAAAUUGAUUAGUUCAUAUUAUAAUGUGACAUACUGGCCUCUCUGGUAUAUUGAGCUUGCCCUUGCAUCUCUCUUCAGCCUAAAUGCUUUGUUUGACUUUUGGAGAUAUUUCAAAUAUACUGUGGCACCAACAAGUCUGGUUGUUAGCCCUGGACAGCAAACACUUUUAGGGUUAAAAACAGCUGUUGUACAGACUACUCCUCCACAUGACCUGGCAGCCACCCAAAUUCCUCCCUCUCCACCUUCUUCAAUUCAGGGUCAGAGUGUGUUGAGUUACAGCCCAUCUCGUUCACCCAGUACCAGCCCCAAGUUCACCACCAGCUGUAUAACUGGAUACAGCCCUCAGCUACAAGGGCUGUCGUCAGGGGGCAGUGGUUCUUAUAGCCCAGGAAUGACCUACUCACCCAUCAGUGGUUAUAAUAAGUUGGCAAGUCAUAGUCCCUCUCCUUCUUCGUACCCUACCACUGUCGGACCCGUGGAGGGCAGUGGAUUGCGAUCUCGCUACCGUUCUUCACCCACUGUCUAUAACUCCCCUACUGACAAACACGACUACAUGACAGACCUACGAACCUUGGAUACUUUUCUUAGAAGUGAAGAAGAGAAACAGCAUAGAGUUAAGCUGGGGAGCCCAGAUUCUACCUCGCCUUCCACCAGCCCUACUUUCUGGAACUACAAUCGUUCUAUGGGAGAUUAUGUACAAACUCUAAAGAAGUUUCAAUAUCAGCUUGCCUGUAGGUCCCAGGCUCCAUGUGCUAACAAAGAUGAAGCCGAUCUCGGUUCUAAACAAGCUGCAGAGGAGGUUUGGGCAAGAGUGACUAUGAAUAGACAACUUCUUGACCAUAUGGAUUCAUGGACAGCUAAGUUCAGAAAUUGGAUCAAUGAGACAAUAUUAGUGUCACUUGUACAAGAGAUUGAGUCUGUCAGCACACAGAUGAGACGCAUGGGUUGUCCAGAGCUGCAAAUAGGAGAGGCUAAUAUUACCAGCUUGAAACAAGCUGCUCUUGUCAAAGCUCCUCUCAUUCCAACUCUGAAUACAAUUGUGCAGUAUCUGGACCUUACCCCAAAUCAGGAAUACUUGUUUGAAAGGAUCAAAGAACUUUCUCAGGGAGGCUGUAUGAGCUCGUUUCGAUGGAAUAGAGGCGGAGACUUCAAAGGACGCAAGUGGGAUACAGACCUGCCCACUGAUUCUGCUAUCAUUAUGCAUGUGUUUUGCACCUACCUUGAUUCCAGAUUACCUCCACAUCCUAAAUACCCCGACGGAAAAACAUUUACUUCUCAGCACUUUGUUCAGACACCAAAUAAACCAGAUGUGACAAAUGAGAAUGUCUUUUGCAUUUAUCAGAGUGCUAUCAACCCUCCCCAUUAUGAGCUAAUCUACCAGCGUCAUGUCUACAAUCUUCCAAAGGGCCGAAAUAAUAUGUUUCAUACAUUAUUAAUGUUCCUUUACAUCAUAAAGACCAAAGAGUCAGGAAUGCUUGGGAGAGUUAAUCUUGGUCUAUCUGGUGUGAAUAUUUUGUGGAUUUUUGGCGAGUAGUUGGUCAUUAAUUCCAAACAUUUGGACUUUUAUUUGUCUGAAUCAGAAGUUGAAUCUAAGUAUCUCUGAGUCACCACCUCUUUUGUUUUAUGACGUGUAUAUUACAGACUCUUUAGAUUUAAUGAAAAAUAGCUAUUUUGGAAACUUUCUUGUGAAAGUAUGUCCUAUAUCUUCAACAACAGACAUUACUCUCGAUUUUUUAUCACAUUUCAGAUUUUUCAGUUGCUUACAAAACUGCAACCCUUCAGGGUUGUUGUUAACCUAAAACAGUGCAGUCCCCCCUUAAUUAAAUAAAGAUGAGUCCCUUUUCAUUGUAACUUUCAAAUAAGAAUCAUCUACCUGAUUCUUCAAUUGACUCUUCAAUUACAUUAUUUAGUGUAAGUACUUAAAAAGAAACAAGCAAAUUGUCUGACUUUUUUCAUCUCUAUCUUUUCCCAGUGUUUGGCAAAUCAGCCCAAGGCCCAUGUUUUAAAAAUGAAAUCAACUCCUAAGUAAUGGAUUAGUUAGUUCCUGUGUAUUUUUUAAACUUGAUGAAAGAAGUUUGACCAUAUUGUGCUUAAAAAGUCAACUCUUCGAUUAAAUUUAGCUGAUAGAAUUAAACUAUUUGGUCUUAGUUAAGAAGCUGAGGACAUCAAGAAAACUGCUGCUUUGUUUUUUGUUUUAAUCCUCACUCUAUAUGUUGUUGUAUUUUCAUUGAUUUUAGAAAGCGGAAGAGAGAGGGAGAGAGAGAGAAACAUCAAUUGAUUGCCUCCUGAACACGCCCCAACCAGAAUUUAAACCGGCAACGUGGGCAGUGCCCUGACCUUAGGUUCAUGGGACAGAGCUCCAGUCAACUGAGCCACACUGGCCAGGGCUGCUUUGGUUUUAAUAACUCAAGCCAAAUAGGGAAAAUUUUCUAAGAGGCCUAUCUCUGUAUCAUCCACUUUAAAAAGUUUCAUUCCAUGAGAGUUCCCUUUAAGAUCAUAUGAUAGGUUUACAUUUUUUAGGUAUUCAAAACAUCUGGAGAAUGAGAAGUUACCAGGUUUAUAAGUUUUGCAUGACUAUUUUUUUUAAUGUGUAUAUGUAGUACCACUAAGGCCAGCCAACAAUUGCAUAUAUUUUCUGGAUUGCCAUAUUAGACUAUUCCCAUCACCUGGAAAUAACUAAAACCAGUAUCUUCUGAAUAACUGCAUGUCAGUAUUUUAUGUGCAGCCCGUUUUGUAUAAUUUGUAAAUUUUUUUAACUUGUUUCUGUUUUUUAAAAGUCUUAUGUCCACUGGAAAGGUGUUUCUAUAUUUUAACUGCUUUUGAUAUAUGUUGAUAUGUUUGCUAUGAUAUUUUAGAGGAAAAUGUGAAUUAAACGUGUUAAAUAUGAGGACA